AUGUUUGUCAUCGUCUACACCACUGUGAGUCUGAUAUGUCUAAUUCAUGCACAGUUUCGCCCUAUAUUAUCAAGUCAUAUUGAGAUAAUGCCCGAUUCUUUGUAUGAGGUUGCUUAUGAGCGCCAUUUUAUUGAUGAAUUGGACGUUCAGACGGUUCAGCAAUGUGCACAUCAGUGUCUACUAAAUGACCAUUGUCGAACCGCUACAUUCUACCAUCAAUCAAAGACAUGUUCGUUGUAUGAAGAAUAUACUUAUGUUGGAACAAUUCAGUCAACAGCUAAUGACGUAGCAACUGUUAUUCAGAUUCGCCUAUGCUCAAAUAGUUUUUAUGAGCCAGAGUAUGUUUGUUUUAAUGAUGACCGAGUACCCGUACUCUUCAGUGAAAUGUUGCAAAACAUGACAGUGAAACAAGUAGUGAAUGUGAUUUCUUACAUGUUAUUUAUGAGUAGAACAAAACUGUAUCUUCCAAUUGAUAGUGACGAUACAAUUCAAGUGUAUGAUUUAGAAUCACUUUUACAGACUGACGAGUUUUCUGCUGUCCCAUCCGUUUCAUUGAAUGGCCUUGAUGUAGAUUCAAAUGACAAUUAUAUCAUGACAGAUUAUAAUGGUUCACUGUACUUCUUCAAUAGUAGUUCAUCAAUUGUUACUAGUUUAUCUGUCAGCAAUAAUCAAUAUUAUUAUGCAUGUAUUUCCGAUAAAUAUAUCGUCGCUCUGUAUUCAAAUCUUAAUGGAGCUGAUGUGUUUAAUGCAACUAAUCUUCAAUUUGCUUUUACUAUAACAACGGCUUAUACAAUGACUAACUGUAUCAUAGUUGAUAAUCGAAUAUUUCAUUCACAAGGGGAUUAUCACAAUUAUGUGAUUGAUAUUGACAGUGCAGCAAGAGCAACUCAGCUAUUUAACUAUUCAGCAUGUGGUAGCUACGAUAAUACAACUGAUGCGGAUCAUUUUUAUAUUGAUGCAUCUGGAAGAUUUUAUAUUCCAUGUGUACUUUCAAAAGAUUUCACAUAUCAAGUGUUUGAUUAUAAUGGUCAAAAUCACGUCACAUCAUUCGAUACCGUCAAGUAUCCGUCUAUCUGUGGAAUUGCGGCUAAAUGCUCGAAAUAUAAAUGUACCGUAGCUGUUUACGAUGGAGUAGUAACAGUUUAUGAAUAUUAA